AUGGCCAAAAUAGCAACGCCCACGACAAAACCUUUUUACGUGUUCAAUGGCUUCGAAGCUGGGCUAAAACCUAAAGUUAUAAUCAACAUGAAGAAUUACAAUGGUCAGAAUUAUUUCCUCAUAAAAUGGUGGAAAACAAAAGAUCCAACAUUUGUGAAGUCAGAAGUAGCUAAUGCAAGAUGCCCGUUACUUGUGUGCAAGUUUUACCAGAAACACACAAUUUUUAAAGGAGCUACAAUAUUAUUUAAAGGUAAACGUAAUUUAACUUAA